CGAAAGCUGAAGAUUAAACAAAAAUGGCGGACGAUGAAGAGAUUCAUUUGGAUGGAAAACCAGUUGAUGACCUCCGGGUUAUAGAUCUUAAAAGAGAACUGGACAAACGAGGCCUUCCCAAGGGUGGCAGCAAACCUCAACUUGUAGAUAGACUAAAAGCACAACUUCUUUUGGAGAAACUUCAAAGUUUACCAGUCGAUGAAGAAGAAACUGUUCCCAAUUCCAAACUGCAGAACGAUGAAGUUGCAGGGCAAAGCGAAUUUAUCAAGCAGUACCUUGAACAACAGAAGAAGCUUUUUGAAAUGCAACGAGAAGUGAAAAAAAGAGUUGAAGAGGAAGAACUACGGCGAAAACAGCGUGAAAGUGAACAGUCUUUUGAUGAAAGUUCCCAGGAAUCGAGUGAAAAUACUGAUAGAGUAAAAGAAGUUUUAGUAGAUAGAGAUAUACAACAAACUACUGUUGACGAAAAACUUUCUCCUGUCGAGUCUAAAAUUAAAGAACAGUCUAGUUCUGUUAGUUUACCUAAUAGUAAUAACAACAACAAUAACAGCAACAACAAUAAUAACAGCACCACCACCAACAACAACAACAAUAAUAACAAUAAUAAUAGUAAUAACAAAAUGGCUAAGAAGAAAGGGAAAGUAAUUGGUAAUGAAAAUAAUGUAGAAAAAGAAGUUGAAAAUAAAGAAAUCAUUUCUGAACAGACCAAAAAGGAAGUGGACGACAAAAAUAUAGACGAAAAGAAAAGAAAAGAUCGGGCUGAAGAAACGUGUCCAAAAUCUGAUAAAAAGAAAAGAAAAGGAAGCUGGUCACGUUCUCUAAGCUCAAGUUCUUCAAGAUCGCAAUCUCGUUCCAGUUCUAGUUCGUCUGUGUCGUCUCAUUCAAGCAACCGAAGAUCUCGUUCUCAUUCCUCUCGGUCUAGAUCUCGGUCGUCUUCGAGUAGUUCACGGAAGGAACCUGACAUGAAGUCUUCAGAAGCUCGAGCCCGAUCAAGAUCUGCAUCUUCGAGAUCCCGUUCAGCAUCCCGCUCCCGAUCAUGGUCAAACUCGGCUUCAUCACGGUCUCCUUCACGGUCUAGAUCUCGAUCCCGAUCCCCAUCCCAUUCCAGAUCCAGCUCCGUUUCUAGCUCACCUGCAAAGAAAAAGACACCCACAAAGUCUUCAGAGGAACAGGAUAAAAAAGAAGUAAAUGAAACUGAGGAAAUUGUUACUAAUGUAGCAGUUCCGAGUUGUGAAAUGAAAAAAAAUAAACGAGAUGAAGUUAUCUCCCCUGCCGCUGCUGAUAGUGAUGUAGAGAGUGAACCCCAGCAACCGAAAGAGGAAGUGGCAGCAAAUGAAAAUAACGAGGAGGAGGGACAGAAAAACCAAGAUAAUGAUACCACUCAGCGUACAUCUCUACAGUUGUCUCUUAAGUUGCAAAAUGAAGAAUCGAGUGAUAAAUGUGAUGGGAAGGCUACAGCACCGGCUCCCUCUGCUGUACCACGUAAACGUAAAUGGGGAACCAGUGCUAAACCCACCAAGUCAACGACAAUAGAUAUUUCUACAGAUUCCUUAAAGGGUUUAAUUCCUGACAUAAAACCAAGUUCUAUAAAAGAGGCUAUAUUAGAUCUCAGCCACGAUGAAUGUUCGUUCUCUGACCACGAAGAAGAAAAAGUGGAAGUGAAGUUCCGAAGAACAGUACAGAUGAAAGAGGAAGAGGAGGAAGUUGAAUUGGUCACUACUGCACGAGAAGUCUUAACUGAUGCUGAUUUGGAGGUUUCUUCUGAAGUUGCAGCUGCAGCACCAGUGCCCAUUGCUGCGACUGCUGCACCAAUUGAGAGAGAACCUGUCACUCCAAUAGUUGUUAACCAACAAGCCCCCGCUGUGGUAGUGACCAACAAAACUUUUACGUCCCCAUUAACUGUUCGAAGGGUCAGCCAUCAGCUGUCAAUUACUGAACCCGAGGAACCAAUGGCUGCACGGAGAUCUCCAUCACCUGCUCAUAAUCCAGUUAGUAAGAUAGUGCAUGUCCGAAAUUUAGUUCGUCCUUUUACAAUUGGUCAGUUAAAGGAACUUUUAAAACGAACUGGAGCAGUUGUGGAAAAUGGUUUCUGGAUAGACAAGAUUAAAUCCCAUUGUUUUGCCAAGUAUGAAACAGAAGAACAAGCUAUCCUAACCAGAAAAGCUCUACAUGGAACCAAAUGGCCAUCUUCUAAUCCAAAAAUUUUGCGAGUAGAAUAUGCAACAGAUGAUGAGGUGAGUUACUAUCGUUCCAAAGAGGAAGGCCCUCAGGACAUUAUCCGAGAAAUCCAGCAAGAUGUCAGUGUUAAAACAGUGAAAUCGGCUGAGAAAUCAGUGCGAGAAAUGAAGAAGAAAGAAGAUAUUAAAAAAGUGAGAGAAUGGGAUCGUGGUAAGAUGAGACGGCGGUCGAGGUCAGCGUCUUGUUCACAGUCUCGGUCAAGGUCCAGAGAAAGGAAAAAACGGGCACUAAGUGGAGAAAAAAGAGAAAAGAAAGAAAAGAAAGUAAUAGAAGAAGAAGCCCCUGCCAAAUUACUAGAUGAUUUAUUUAGGAAAACCAAAGCUGUUCCGUGUAUAUACUGGUUGCCACUAACAGAAAGUCAGAUUGCAGAUCGAGAAAGAGAACGGCGACAACGGCAAUUAGAACGAGAACAGAGGCGAAGAGAGUUAGAGAAGGAAGAAGAAGCAGAACGUAAAAAGAGAAGAGAGAUGGAAGAAAAACGAAAAGUAAAGUAUUCAAUUUCUAUAUAAUGAUGAUGGUAAUCCUUUCUACUAUUGGCACAAGGCCUGAAAUUUUUUUUGGGUGGGGGUGCUAGUCGAUUACAUCAACCCCAGUGUUUCAGUGGUACUAAAUUUAUCAAUCCUGAAAGGAUGAAAAGCAAAGUUGACCUCGGUGGAAUUUGAACUCAGAACGUAAAGAUGGAUGACAUGCUGCUUAGCAUUCUGCCAGCGCUUGCCGUCUUCAAUAAUAAUAAUAAUAAUAAUAAUAAUAAUAAUUAUCAUCUUUUUUACUCUAGGCACAAGGCCUGCACUUUUUGGGGAGGAGGGCCAAUUGAUUAGAUCAACCCCAGUACACAGCUGGUACUUAAUUUACUGACCACAAAAGGAUGAAAGGCAAAG